UAUAUAUAUAUAUAAAUUGUAUAUAUAGUAUACGUAACAAUUAAAUUGGAAUUACUGUUCCUGAAUUACAAUAACGAAAUGUGUACAAAAAACAUGGAAUUGAAUCAUGUGAUCAAAGAGUUACAAACAUGUACAGACGACACUGUUAUAUUCAGAAAGUUGAUAAACUUCGCUUCAUCGCGGAAAGAAUCGUGGAACGGGGAGCAUUUGAAACAAUGGGAACCAGUCCUUGCGCAUAUUAUGAAAACUUUUAUUCCAAGUAUGGAAAUUACGAGAGAGAAGACUUUAUUGGCCUCUCAUACAUUCUUCGCUUUAUUGUCGAUAGACCCUACCUUGGUCGUCUUAAAAGAAACAUUCACAAAUCUUCUGAGUUUCGAAGCGAAUGAGUUGCAUGCUUUCGGUGAGAAGUACGACAUCGUCGAAUCCGAUUUGUUCAAAUUAACUUGCGCCUACGGAUAUUUACAAGUGAAUCGCAACAAUAUGUAUUCCAACGAUGUUUGCCUCCUCAUUUUCGACAUUAUAUCCGAACAUUGUAUAGGGUAUACGAAACAUUCGUAUUUCGCUUACAAGAUAUUGUACAUGUGGUUGCAAAGAACGGCAGAUACAAAUUUUUGGUACGCGUGUUCAGAACAGGAACGAAAGCUGGAGGCGAUCAUUUUUUCGAAUUGGUGUAACGCCAUCAAUGAAAUAAGCAAGCAGAAUUCGACGCUUGUCUUUAAUACGUACCUGAAAAUUAUGGAAAAGAAGUAUAGCGGAUACUUGGAAUAUUUAUUUAAGCAUUGCGUUGAGACGAUUUCCUGGGGGAAUGAAUUGAAGUACGAUAUACUCGCGGAGAUCUGCGAUGUUUGGAACAAAACCGAGAUCGUUAAGUCCCGCGAUUUCUUACUUUCUUUGUCCAUGAGUUUAACAAAAUAUUGCCUGCGUUCCUCUGGUACGAAGGUUUAUCUCGCAAUCGCAAAGAAGCUCAGCGAAACCGAAUGGAAAGAAGCGUUUGGUCAUAUAAUAUGUUAUCUCUUUCAUCACUGGGAAUCAUCAGAAAACGAGAACCAUGUUGCCCUUCAGUUGCUCUGCAAACUUUGGCUCGAACCAGUCCUUAAAAAGUAUAAAAACCUGUUACUUUAUUUGUGGGAUUUCGUCGCGGAUAUACAAGGACAUUUCUUACGUUCGCAUCUUGAAAGAAUGGCUUGUGAAAUGCGAGUGAACCUUCCGCGACAAGCGACAAUCGAAUCCUAUGUAAAUCAUAAGAACGAGAUUGUAAGAUUGAACGGGUUCGCGAUAAAUUGUUACCAAGCAGCCGACACGUACAAUGAGAAUGAAGAUCGAUUCGCUUUGAUCAGAAGUUUCUUACUGUACAAUGCGAAUAGUACAACAAUAUUUAUGAGAGACGGAACUGUGAAGUACUUUAGAAUAUUCUACACCACCGUUUUAAAAAUGUGCGCCAGUAAACGAGAAUACAUAGACGACGUGUAUUACAUCACACGUUGGUUGCACGAAUUCCUUUUGGAUUGUUUUGAGAUCGGUUCUUGUUAUCAAAGAAAAAUCUUCGGCUUAAAUUUAUACAAAGCUAUACUUUCUUUCAUCAACGAACCUGUUACAAGUAGAUCAAACAAUGCCGAGAUCGUUUGCUGCGCCUUGUUACUGGAUAAACAUUUAAUUGCAACCGGGAAUUGGAAAUUUACAGACAAAAGAAGUUUAUUCAUUUUAUUAAGGCUUGUACUGGAUUCUGCCCUCGACGUUAGACAGUCAGCGGCUUUUAUUAUUCUCAAUUAUUUCGAUGAAGAUCUUUUAUCUGACAUAGAGAUGCAAGUGUUAUUCCGUACGGCAAUGAGAUAUUGUAAUUCAUCAAAAUUCUACGAGACCGAAAGCGGUGCUGCGUUAAUGUCAAUUUUAAUUAAUUGGCUACCGUUGCAUUCUUUUAAAGACUGUACAAAUUACUCGAAUUACUCAUGUUUCUUAUUACACGAAGCUACAUGUCAGUUAACGGAGAUGAAACGAGGGAUACUAAAAGCAAUCGUUCAGGGUAAACCAUUUUUCGGUGUGAUGACCGCAUUAUUAAAUAUUUCUUUUCGCAACGGGCCGGAGAGUUCGAAUCCCUCUACAGAAUUUAUCGAAAAAAUGCUGCAGUUGCUGGACGAUGCAGUAGAUUUUUUCCUAUCUACGCUUUCUUCGAAGUCCGAAAGUCAAGAGCAUUCGUCGUCUUUCGCGGAAAUGGGACUGGCGAUCGAUCAAGCGAUCAAAAACAGCGAAUUAGAUAAUAUCGAUGUGGAUGAUUUAAGUUUAACGCCCGCUCAUCAGGUUCUCGUCUCUUGCAUUUGGACGUCCUUAAAGAUCUGCUGUGAAAUGGCUUGUGAAAUAGGCACUUCGAUGUCCUCGGAUGCAACUGUCGAGCGUACGGCUAAUAUUAUCGUUACGGUGUUACUCAGAUGUAGACACAAGGGCGUAGUGGAAGCCGCGGGUGCGGCUAUAGGAUAUUUAACGAGGUCCUUAUGCAAAGAGCCCAAAUAUUCCGAUUUACCAAAGAGGUAUCUAUCUCGCAUACUUGAGAACGAUUCUAUGCACUCUUUGAACAUUACAAGGAGGGGUGCCGGAUUAUCUAUAAUGUUUCAUAGGAUCGUUGUUAGCGAUAAUCGCCGCGACAGGCCUCUUUUACAUUUCGCGGUGCAAAAAUUAUUGGAUUCGCUGAACCAUUUCUCCGACGAUCACGCGAGAUGUAUAGAAUCUCAACACGAUUCUCCGUGGGCAAGGCGGUUGCACUUUCUACGAGCUUUGGUGGCCGAUAAAGAGAUCCACGCGCAGCUGACUCCGUAUAUGGAGGAUAUUUCCUUGAUUUGUUUCAAGUAUUUGGAGUCCGAAAUGUGGAGUAUUAGAAACGCAAGUUUACAGUUGUUCGGCUCGAUAGUCCCGAGAUUAGUGGGUCAGAGUUCCGGAGAAGAGGUAGAUUUCGGCAAUGGCUACUCGAUUAAUCAUUUCAUCACGCAUUACCCGGUACUCGCGGAUUAUAUUAUGAGAGAAUUGCACCGAUUCUCAUUAACGUUCAUGAGCUUCUCUACUGCUCUGUAUCUACACUCGAGGAUAGUUCACGUUCUUGUGUUGCUUUCGAAAUUCUCAAACAGUUCUUCCGAGUUGAUCGAUUACUCCUCGCGGGAAUACGUAUUGCGAGCGAGAUGUUUACUUCGUAUAGUACUCGGCAAUCCAGUUUGGUACGUUAGAUACUUGGCAGCGAAGUCGUACGCAGCGUUGACAGACUUUUUACAAAUUAAGUCUGAGAUCGCUGGACUGAGAUAUGAUAUUUCAUCGUGCCGAUCCACCAAUUUGAUUCACGGUUACUUGCUAGCUAUAAGGUUUUUAAAAGAGAAGCUGUCUGCCGAAACUGACUGUCUGAAUUUGUAUUCAGAUACAGCGAGCAACAACUUAAUAAAAUCCACAGAACUGUUGAGGCUUCGAGAGAUAUUCAAAGUUUGGAAGGGUACACCAAACGGAGGAGGAAACUCGAAAAUAUGUUAUAUAUUAGAAACACUGUUCCUACAGUUAAGAGAAUCCAUUUCCGAUGAGAUGUCGCAUGAAGAUAUAUUUAUUUUUAAUGGAACUUGUUUACUCUCCUCUCAGCGUAUCAAACCAGGAUUUUUCCAGUUCAUCGACAUCUCGACAAAACUGUACGCUGAUUAUAUUAAUCGUACGAAUAAUAUCGAUGUUGACACCAUACGUAAAAUCUUGGAAUCUCCUUGCAUCGAUCAAAGCGUUUCAUUUUUAAACAAUGUCUCACAUUGUCUACCAAUCCUGAAGAUCGUUCUCCAACGUUUAUUUUCGUACAAGUAUAAUCAUGGACUAUUUCUGAGCGCAAUGACAAAUUACAUUCUACAAACGCUGAAACAGUUGUCAUUACACGUAAGCGACUUGAAUAUCGAAAUUGAAAUUCUCCCUAGCACGAAACUGGAAAAUACCCAAAACGUGAAUUUAUGGAGUUUGAAAUGUGUGCUCACAAUCAUGUUCUCUAAGAACGAAGCUACGAUAAGUGAAACAUUGUCACGUGUCCUUGAUUUAAGUGUUCACGAAGAGGAACACUUAAGACGAAUCGCAGUCGAAUGCAUGCAAUUCUCGGUUGGUCGCUUCCGGGAUUUAAGAAGUGAAGAUAAAUCAAUCGUUUUACACUGCUGUUUAAUACUAUUGAAAGAUGAGAUUUCGGAUAUUCGCGAGGCGAUCGCGGACAGUUUAAGAGUCCAUGUUCUAGAGGCGAUUACUCCCAAUUACAGUAGCACAGAGCAUGAUGAACGUAUAUAUGAAAAUUUACUGUCUGCUAUGAUGCUUGAAGAAUUCAAUUUUCCUACGAACAAAGAUAGGAAUCUAUAUUUUGUAAAGUUAUUCACGCACAGUGUUAAGAAUGUUGACGGUAGCUUGUUAAUUGAAAACCCUUUCUACCACGAGGAUAAUCCUUUUUAUAGAGAAGAGUCAAAAUUUCUAACUCUUUGUUUUUACUACGCGAAACAAAAGAAACGCAGUCAUACAGAUAAGUGCUCCAAAAGAGCUAAUGCGGUUGGACACGAGAGGAAUACAGAUGAUUUAAGUAGAAUCGGAGCGAGAUAUCAAUUUCAAAGAGAGUUUUAUUUCGAUGAUACUAACUUAGAAGUAAUUUUAAAUACUAAAUACGUAGAUUAUUUACGAAAUAAGCAAACGAUCGUAAUACAGGAGUACAGCUAAUGAUAAUAAUGUAUAGUCGUUGUUAUGCAGUGGAAAAGUAAUUUUUUAUAAUUAGAAAUUAAUGAUAAUUUUUGUUAAGGUAUCUCGAAGAAUAAAUGCUUUUUAACCCAUCGAAA